AUGGCAUCGUUUGACGCUCUGUAUGGGCGAAGGUUUAGGUCUCCAAUUGGUAGCUUUGAAGUUAGUGAAGUAGAAUUGUUAGGGCCUGAUUUGGUCGGUCAAGUAGCUUAUGAACUUGAGUUGCCACAAGAUUUCGCUGCUGUACACCCAGUGUUUCAUGUAUCCAUGUUGAGGAAGUGUGUAGGAGAACCGUCGCUGGUUGUUCCUACUGAUACUAUAACAGUUAAGGAUAGCCUUACCUAUGAGGAGAUCCCCAUAGCCAUUUUUGAUUGUCAGGUUCGCAAGUUGAGAACUAAGGAAGUGGCCUCAGUAAAAGUGUUAGGAGAAGCCAGAAAGUUGAGGGAACUACAUUGGAAGCCGAGGAAGAUAUGA